GAUUAAAAGAUCAUCUUAAUUUUGCAGUUUCACUUGCUCGAGAAAGUGGCAAAAUUAUUUUGGAAGCUUCGAAAGCACGUUACUCAACACAAAGUAAAGUUUACUCUAAAGCAGGAAAUUCGGCAGAUUUGGUAACAGAAACAGAUAGACAAGUUGAAGACUUCAUAAAGUCAAGGAUUAAUAAAACUUUUCCUGAACACAA